AAAAACACACACAAUUAUCUACUAAAACAAAAAGAAAAACAAUACAAAGUACAACAAAAUAUUAGUUAAAGAAAUUGAACUCACGCAGUUGGGAGCAUUUGGAGAAACAAAAACAACACACACUCUCCUCUAGACAAGAAUUUAAUAUUAAAAAAUGCUGGCGAUAGUAAAAGAAUUUGUGUGAAUUUUAGUGCUUGUUUAGUAGUUCGUUGGUACAAACCACCUCUCUCUCGUCCGUGUCGUGUCGUCUGUGCCGAAAUUCGAACGUACCGUGUGUUUGUUGUUUUCUGUUCAUUUUGUGUUUUUUGGUGCCCAACUUGUUGUUGUUAUUAAUGUGAAUCAACAGAGUGAAUACAACAAACAAACAAAAAAAGUACCAUCACAUCACUAACAAUUAUUAGCAUUAUUAUUGUCACACGACGCCGCAGUCGCAGCUCAAUAAACUCUGCCACCGCAACUGCUACAACAACUAUUAAUAAGCCAACAGUAAAUAAAUAGCAAAGUCAGGGUAAAAGAAUCUCUACUCCACAAUGGCAGCGGGCGUAUGUGCAAGUACAAGUAUCCGCAUGUUUAUGCGGCGUACAAGGGAUUUUACUCUGUACACGCGUCGCAGCUCUGCUCUACGCAUUCUGCCACUAACAACAAAUAUUAGUGUGAAUUCAUGGAGCUUGGGAGGACGACAAAGUUACUGCACAAAUAAAACUGAAGACUUAAACUCAGGCAACACUACUUCUCAACCAACUACCGCCACCACAUCUAGUCAUACAAUUAAAAAGGCUUCUUCUACCACUGUGGCCUCAGCUAAAGCUAACAAAAUUAAAAAUACUUUUGUUGACAAAAACAAUGUGAAAAUUGCAAAAACUGAAAACAUUUCCUUAAAUAAUGAAAUUAAUUUAACAGAAUUGAAUUUAAUACAAAUGAAGCUGACAGAAUUGAAAUUAUUAUGUCGCGGUUAUGGCCUAAAGGCAAAUGGUAAAAAAUCCGUAUUAAUUAAACGUUUGCAGGAUUACAUUGAGCAACAACAGCAGGAACUGCUGCAACAUCAACACAAUGCGACCACAAGUAACAGCAGCAGCACCAGCAAUGACAAAACAUCAUUUGCCACCUCCAUGCUACCGCAUUCAACAACUGACACUUUGUCAGCGUCGCCCAAUGAUACGGCGACCUCUGUUGCAAACGAUUCAUUGUCGUCAAGUGGCGUGUUGCAACAAAAUGCCAGCCAAACUCAUUAUUCUUACCACACUGAUUCUAUAGACAUUGUUAAUAAUGUUGAUACGAGUAAUAAUCAUGUUGGAGAUGUAUCCGUUGUAUAUAUUAACGGUUUGCCUCAUCUUACCAUACCGCUUCCUAGUAGAAAUGAAAAAUGCCGCUUUGCUUUGAAACCUGUCUCACACAGAGUGGGUGAUCUGAUUGAGAUGCUGAAAACAGAGGAUCGAGGCAUUGAUCGUGCGACUAUACUGAAUAAUAGUGGCGUUAGAAUAGCAUCAACUUGUAAUAUAGAAAGUUUAAUGGAUGAACCGUUUUGGAUACACAUUAACGACCAAAAAUAUAAAGUAGUUCCUCCACAGCGAGAAAGAAUUCAAAUUAAAGAUCUUAGUAAAUUAGGUGACAUUAAAGCAUUAGUAGCCCAGUUAUACGAAGCCUUACAUGUUGGCGAAUAUCACAUAGAAAAGGAGCAAGAAUUGACAACUAAAUUAGAAGAUUUAAAAUAUCAAAUAGCACCUUUAGAAAGGGAAAAAACGGAACUAAGCGCACAAGCCGAACGUAAAACAAACAUAAUGACCUGGGUUGGUUUAGGUUUGAUGUCAGUGCAAUUUGGAAUCUUGGCUAGACUGACAUGGUGGGAAUAUUCUUGGGAUAUUAUGGAACCAGUUACAUACUUUGUUACCUAUGGCACGGCCAUGGCCAUGUAUGCCUACUAUUGCAUAACAAAAACUGAAUACAAUAUGCCCGAAGUUAAAGACCGCCAAUACCUCAUUUCCUUGUAUAAACGUGCCAAAAAGAAGAAUUUCGAUGUUGACAGCUACAAUCAGUUGAAACGUCAAAUAGCCGAAAUUGAGUAUGAUCUGCGUCGUUUGCGUGAUCCUUUAAAUUUGCAACUGCCACCACAUGUUGAUCGUUCACAACAAAAUCCACCCUUGGAUGCUGUUCCACCGUCUAGUGCAUUAACUAAUGAAAUCUCUUCAACUACGGUUAAAAAGUCCGGUUUUAAGAUACCCUUUCUAGAUUCGAAAAAUUAAAAUCAACAACGUUACCAAAUCGAUCCUCUCGUGUGCUAACUACAAGGUGUAAACAAAUUAAAUGAAAAGUUUUUUUUUUAUUUAUAGAUAAGACUUUUUUGCAAACUGUUUAUUUUUCAACAUAACUUAAUUUAGUUUUUGUUUUUGUUUAAUUUUUAUAUUCUUACAUCUAACUAAUUUCAUUUUACCUCACUUGAAAAUGCUGUGUUAGUCUAAAGAAAAAAAAAACAAACAAAAUCACUUAAAAUUGUACUCAAAGUACAUAAUUAUUUAUUUAUUGAGCUAUAUAUCAUGCAUUUAUAUAAAGGUAUAUAUGUAAAUGU